AAACAACAAAAGGCAGAAAAGCAGAAGCUUGUCUGGCACAGCAGAGACGUUCAGAAAGAAACAGCAAAAUUCCUCUGUGACAAUCAUGAGCAACAACAGCAGUAACUGCUCAACCAGAGAGGUGGACGAACAAAUGAAAUACUUGGAGCUGGUCAUAUACAUUCCCAUAUUCAUAAUGGGGAUGUUUCUUAAUCUGGCGGCCCUGCUGGUUUAUUGCCUGUGCUUCCGAAAGUGGACUGAGUCAACCAUCUACAUGACUAGCUUGGCUCUAAUGGACCUCCUCCUCCUCUUGCCUCUACCCUUCAAAAUGCACGCUGCAUAUCAGACGUGGCCACAGGAAUUCCAGCACGUUUGCUCAUUUCUGGAAAACCUUUAUUUUGUCGGAACAUACGGCGGUAUCUACAUGAUCAUGUGCAUAGGCGUUGAUAGGUGGCUGGCAAUAUGUCACCCAUUCAAAGCCAAGCAGCUGCGCUCCCCCAAGGCGGCUCUCAUUACUUGUGUGGGGGUCUGGGUUCUGGCAUUUACUGCAAUCUUUCCAGUCACCUUCAGCUUCAGGACAAAAGUUGAUGAACACUUCCACUGCUUCCAUCGAUUUUCAGAAAAUGGCUGGAGUCCCAAAGUGAUCAUCUGCUUGCAAAUAUUUGGUUUCCUGGGGCCUGCGCUCACUUUGGUUUGCUGUUCCGUUCAAAUCAUCUGGACCCUCCAGGAGUCCGGCCAGCGGAGCACCAAGAGCCAGGCCUGCGUGAAGAUCAUCUACAGCGGCCUGUGCGCUUUCUUGGUGCCGUUCACCCCGAGCCACCUGGCCAUCUUCCUCCAGUUCCUGGUACACCAGAAAAUGAUUGAGGACUGCAGCUCCAUGAAAAGUAUAAGCAUGUUUUUACAGACGGCCAUGUGUCUGUCCAACAUCACCUGUUGCUUGGAUGGUCUGUGCUACUACUUCAUAGCUGACGAGGUGAAAAACACGAAAAACAACUUCAAGAUGUCCAGACUGAGCCAAAGGAGAGCAAACUCCAGCACUUCAGAGCUGGGCAGUAAAACAAACUGAGCAAGCGGCUCUUGAAAAGGUUUGGCAGGCAUGUGAAGCAACGGGAAGUGAACCAGGUCAGCCUGCAAUGAUAAUUAACCACCGAGCAGGAGCAGUAAGCCACCUGACGCAUCUGUAACCUCAAAGAGCGCCAAUAACCAAAGUACAGGCAGCAAGGAAAAACACUUCCACUACAGAUGAUAAAAGAGUUGUUUUUUUUUUUUGGUUUUGUUUUUAGAGAUGGCUGAGAAAACUUUCUGCUUUCUCACUCCCUGAUGAGAAACUGACUUGUGGUAUGAAUCAUUUUAAAUCUUUCACAGGUGGCUCAUUGCAGAGCUUUGUUGUUUUGAUUCUCAAGAUCAGCGGUCAAAAAAGAAAAAAAAAAAAUUCUUAAAAACAAGACCAAACAAUCACAGUUGAUAAACAUCAAACAAUAUUAUUUCAUUUGACAUGCUUACUAAACUUUUGGUUUUUCUGUCUAAAUGAAUACAUGUCCCAUAAAAAAAAAACCCAAAUAAUUCAAGUGGGAAAGCUAUAUCUUGUUUGAUAUUUUAAAGAAGCAACUGUAGAUUUUAUUUAUUUAAUCUUUUGUGUAAAUGAAUAGGUGUCAAUGGCACACUAAACAUUUAUUGAUGCUAGCUGGUUACCAACAUUAACCCUUUAACAAAUAGUUAAAACUUGUUUGACUUUAUUUUUAUUUUUGCUCUUUCUGUAUAUUACAAAUGGUUUAAGUAGUAUGACUGAUUUGUCGAAGAAAUAACUGUGAAACUGAGCCUUAAAUAAUAGAGAGCAUUGUGUUCGGAUUACAAAAAUAUUCUUAAAUGUUUGUCUGUUUGGAAUAAAUUUUAA